AUGUCUCGCUACGAUAUCGCCAGCGAGCCUACCGCCGAGGCCCUCGCUCUCAACUACAAGGCAGUGUGUGACACAGUGGCGCAGGAGAGCGGCAAUCGUCGAGUCACGUUGAUUACGGUGGGCAAGACAAAGUCACCUGCAUGCCUUCUCAGCCUAUACAACCUGGGGCAGCGCGUGUUCGGCGAGAACUAUGUGCAGGAGCUUGAGGAGAAGGCUAGGGAACUGCCCGGGGACACAGUGUGGCACUUUAUUGGUCACCUGCAGAGCAACAAGGUGAGGGAGCUGCUGGAAGGUGUGCCCAAUUUGCACGUGAUUCAGACCAUAGACUCUGAUAAAUUGGCGAACAAGGUGAAUGAGGGGUGCAAGAAGUACCGUAGCGGACGGUCCCUGGAGGUGUAUAUUCAGGUAAACACCAGUGGCGAGGAGACGAAGAGCGGAACGGAGCCUGGAGAGGCAACCGUGGCACUCGCCAAGUACAUUGUCGGGGAGUGUCCGCUGCUGCAGCUCAAGGGACUCAUGACGAUCGGCAUGCCUGACUACACGAGCCGACCAGAGAACUUUGAGUGUCUCACCAAGUGUCGAGAGGAGGUGGCGCAGGCAGUCCAGGUGGCGCCGGAAGAUCUGGAGCUGUCGAUGGGCAUGAGCGGUGACUAUGUAAACGCCAUUCGAAUGGGCUCCACCACUGUGCGUGUCGGGUCCUCAAUUUUUGGCCAGCGCUAUUACCCGCCCAAGCAGUGA